AUUUUGUCAGUUGCGUCGGCUGAAGAAGAAGCACACAGAUGGCGGCGAGCGCGUGUCUGCGACUGCCGGCGGCGAUGUCUGUCCGGCGAGAGGAAGGCGUUCCAAAUUCAAAAUCUUCGCAGGAAAAACCGAUACUUUAUCUCAACAAACCUUCAUGGAUAGUCACAACUCAGUGUGGCGCUAAGACGAGGAGAAAGGAGAAGGGUCGAUGCGUAAUCUGCCAUGGAACUGGAAGAGUCGACUGUUUCAAUUGUAGCGGGAAAGGGAGGACUAAUUUCGUGGAUAUGGAGAUGCUUCCAAGAGGAGAGUGGCCCAAAUGGUGCAGGAGCUGUGGAGGGAGUGGGUUAUGUGAAUGCUCUCGCUGUCUUGGCACUGGAGAGUACAGAUACAUUAUGGGUUUCCGGUUCUUAAACAAACACGAUGACGUUGAUCCCCAGUUAUGAUAUGCUGAAACGCUGGUGGUGAUGUUUCCUUACCAGUUUUUUAUUUUGUAUAUGUUAAGUGAUGAAUAGUGAAGACUUUAGUAUGUUUAGAUAUGGUUGCUGUUGACUU